GAUGAAGAGUACAGUGACAUCGUGGGAAUGAGAUCCCGAAACCAAAGUGGAGAAAGUUCCUCAAACGGGCACAUCUCCGGCCCCAAGACCUCCAACACCAGCAAUGCCGAAGAGAAAAAUCUCUCGGAGGAGGCAAAAAAGAAGAACAAAUCAAAUAGGAAGGAGGAGGACGUCAUGGCUUCAGGAACAGUCAAACGGCACCUAAAAUCAUCUGGUGAAAGUGAACGAAAAACUAAGAGAUGUCUGGAGUUUUCCAAAGAAGAACUCAUCCAGCUACUCAGCGUCAUGGAAGGGGAGCUGCAGGCCAGAGAAGAUGUGAUCCAUAUGUUGAAGACGGAAAAAACCAAGCCUGAGGUUCUGGAAGCUCAUUACGGAUCUGCAGAGCCAGAGAAAGUGCUUCGGGUCCUGCAUCGAGAUGCCAUUCUGGCCCAAGAGAAGUCCAUAGGAGAAGAUGUGUAUGAGAAACCCAUCUCAGAGCUGGACAGGCUUGAGGAGAAGCAGAAGGAGACGUACCGACGCAUGCUGGAGCAGCUGCUGCUGGCAGAGAAGUGCCACCGUCGCACAGUGUAUGAGCUGGAGACUGAGAAGCACAAGCACUCUGACUACAUGAGCAAAAGCGACGACUUCACCAACCUGCUGGAGCGGGAGCGGGAGAGGUUGAAAAAGCUCCUUGAACAAGAAAAAGCUUACCAAGCCCGCAAAGAAAAGGAAAAUGCUAAGCGGCUCAAUAAACUGAGAGACGAGCUUGUCAAACUCAAGUCCUUCGCACUCAUGCUGGUGGAUGAGAGGCAAAUGCAUAUUGAGCAACUUGGCCUGCAAAGCCAGAAAGUUCAAGAUCUUACCCAGAAGCUAAGGGAGGAAGAAGAAAAGCUCAAAGCUGUUACUUCCAAAUCCAAAGAAGACAGGCAGAAACUGCUCAAGUUAGAAGUGGACUUUGAGCACAAGGCCUCCAGGUUUACUCAGGAGCAUGAAGAAAUGAAUGCCAAGCUGGCCAACCAGGAGUCUCACAAUCGACAACUUCGACUGAAGUUGGUUGGCUUAUCUCAAAGAAUCGAGGAGCUGGAAGAGACCAACAAAAAUCUCCAGAAGGCAGAGGAAGAGCUUCAGGAACUAAGAGACAAAAUUGCCAAAGGGGAAUGUGGCAACUCCAGUCUCAUGGCGGAAGUGGAAAAUCUCCGAAAGCGCGUGCUUGAGAUGGAGGGUAAAGAUGAGGAGAUCACGAAAACGGAGACCCAGUGCAGGGAGCUGCGGAAGAGGCUGCAGGAGGAAGAACACCACAGCAAGGAGCUCAAACUCGAAGUGGAGAAGUUACAGAAGAGAAUGUCUGAGCUGGAGAAACUGGAGGAAGCCUUUAGCAAGAGUAAGUCGGAAUGCUCCCAGCUCCACUUGAAUUUGGAGAAAGAAAAGAACUUAACCAAAGACUUGCUGAACGAGUUGGAGGUGGUCAAGAGUCGAGUUAAAGAACUCGAAUGUUCUGAAAGCAGAUUAGAAAAGGCCGAACUAAGUCUCAAAGAUGAUCUUACAAAGUUGAAGUCAUUUACUGUGAUGCUGGUUGAUGAAAGGAAAAACAUGAUGGAGAAAAUAAAGCAAGAAGAGAGAAAAGUGGAUGGACUCAAUAAAAACUUUAAGGUGGAACAAGGGAAGGUGACGGAUGUAACUGAAAAAUUAAUUGAAGAAAGUAAGAAGCUCUUAAAACUGAAGUCUGAAAUGGAGGAGAAAGUGUACAGUUUGACCAAAGAGAGAGAUGAGCUGAUAGGUAAACUGAAAAGCGAAGAAGAAAAAUCCUCGGAAUUAAGCUGCAGUGUGGACUUACUAAAGAAGAGACUCGAUGGGCUAGAGGAAGUAGAAAGAGAAAGAAGAGGAAGGUCUCGAAAAGGACCCGAGCUCACCUGCCCAGAGGAUAACAAGAUAAAGGAGUUAACUCUUGAAAUCGAGAGACUGAAGAAACGCCUUCAGCAGUUGGAGGUGGUGGAAGGGGAUUUGAUGAAGACGGAGGAUGAGUACGAUCAGCUGGAGCAGAAAUUCAGAACUGAGCAGGACAAGGCCAACUUCCUGUCUCAGCAGCUAGAGGAGAUCAAGCACCAAAUCGCCAAGAACAAGGCGAUAGAGAAAGGGGAGGCAGUGAGCCAGGAGGCCGAACUGAGGCACAGGUUCCGGCUGGAAGAGGCCAAAAGUCGAGAUUUAAAAGCCGAGGUGCAAGCGCUUAAAGAGAAGAUCCACGAGUUAAUGAACAAGGAAGACCAGCUUUCCCAGCUCCAGGUAGACUAUUCAGUUCUUCAACAAAGAUUUAUGGAAGAAGAAAAUAAGAACAAGAGCAUGGGUCAGGAGGUGCUCCAUCUGACCAAGGAGCUGGAGCUGUCCAAGCGCUACAGCCGCGCGCUGCGGCCCAGCGUAGCGGGGCGCAGGAUGGUGGACGUGCCGGUGGCGUCCACCGCGGUGCAGACCGAGGCCCCGGGCGGCGAGGCGGCCGAGGAGGAGUCGCCGGCCGUGUUCAUCCGCAAGUCCUUCCAGGAGGAGAAGCAUCUCAUGAGCCACCUGCGCCAGGGGGCGCUGCGGAGGCCCGCGGGGCGCGGCUCGGUGCUGGAUCGGUAUCCGCCGGCGGCGGGCGAGGGCGCGCGGCGCGGGACUUGGGCGCCCUGGGCACGGGGGCGCGUGGACCCCGACCCCGGCUCGCAGGAGGGGCGCCCCGAUCCCGGGGGGCUAGUGCUGGCACCCCGGCACGGCCAGCCGUUGCACAUCCGCGUGACGCCGGAGCGCGGGGGCAGCGCGGCCACGUUGGAGAUCACUCGCCCGACGCCAGAGGAGUUCUUCUCCAGCACGGCGGUCAUCCCCACGCUCGGCAGCCAGGCGCCCCGCAUCACCAUCGUCCCCGCGCCGGGCGUCGACCCCGAGCGCGCCGCGUCCCCCGUCACCAUCACCACCCUGUCGCGGGAGCGGGCGACGGAUGGGCGCGCGUCGCCCCUACAAGUGCGCACGGUGGCCACGGCGCCCGCGCCUGCGGAGACCGCAGGGACCCCGGUGUCCCCAGGGCCUCAGGAGGCACCCGCAGGGAGGACGGUGCUCAGGGUCACCCCAGAGAAGCAGCCGGGCCCGUCGGCGCCGCGGAGGUACAACGCCAAUGCAAGCAUCAUCACCACGGAGGACAACAGAAUCCACAUCCACCUGGGCGCGCAGGGCGAGGGCGCGAGCCCCGUGAUCACCGUGCGGCCCGCGGGCAGGGAGGCGGCCCCGAGCCCCGGCCUCCGCGCCCCCCGCGGGACCCCCGCGGUGCGGCCCAGCACAGCCAAGGUGACCAGCACUAUCACCAUCACGCCUGCCACCACUGCAUCCACGCGGGGCACCCAGGCGGCGUCAGGACAAGAUGGGUCAUCCCAGCGGCCUGCACCCACACGAAUUCCUAUGUCAAAAGGAGAUGCAGCCAUGGUCGGCUGCCUCCACGACAAAACAUCAUGGCGGAAAGGUGUGGUGGAACAAAGAUGUUCAGUUCCUAGCAGCCUGGAAGCGGGGCAGGGGAGCAUUUCCAGAGAGGAAAAGCCCAGGCGCCAGAUUAAGUACUGAAGGCCCGGCCUCCGUGAGCCACCCAGACAUAUGCAAGAACAUGCUGGGCUCUUCUUAAUACAAUGAAGUUAACAUUUCAGAAUUAACAGUCACAUCCACAAAUCAACUUAUUUCAUGACAGAUAAACUCCUCUGCCUUCUUUCCCACACCAGAUUUCGCAUGCCUUGCAGAAUUUGGACUUGGACUGCGGUGAUGAUAUGUAUAGAUGCUUCAUGAUGUUGUUCACAUGCACUUUACUCAGACUUGUCAUCAUUUAUCCAUCAGUUCUCAGCAUAUGUAUUAAAAAUGUAGAAUAUUAAAAGCAUGCGGUAGCAAUGGGAAUGGAAGGUCAAAGAAGAGAGGGAAAGUAAGGAAAGUUUAAUAAUAUGAUUUUAAGUAAAUUUACCUAAAAGAGCUUGCCAUUUUGAAUACUGGCUUAUGUUUUUAAUGAAAUUUAUCUCCUUUCAAAAUAUGGACAUCCAACCUCUUCAAAGACAAGAACAUUCAGUGUUUUUGGAGAUACCUUCCUGGCAUUUGUGAAAUAUUUGAGCAAAUGAGGCUGUCUAAAGGAUUGUACUCUGAUCCUCUUAGACUCCAUCAGCCAUUCCCUAACGACUUUCAGCAUAAUCUUAGGGUCACUUGCUGGUGUUUCUGCUUUUACCUUGUCACGCCAUGUUGACAUCAUUGUCACCUAGAAGUCCAGACCAUUUGCUCAAAAGUGCUGCGAAAGGCCUGGCAGUGCACAUAACAGGAUGUUUAUACAGUGAGGUCAGGGCAUGUAGCCAUCCGCCAAGUACAACUGGUAGAAAACUCUGCUUCUCAACCCAGAGGCUCUUUUCAAGAAUGAUGAAAAGUAACUAAUUUUCUGGGUAAUUUUGGGUAGCUUUGUGUUAAACUCCGUUUUAUAAAUGAUGCCCAUGGAGGUUAAGAGGUGGAGGAUUAAAUGCACUCUGAUUCCAGAUUCCAUUUGUGAUCAUAAUGUUCUUAAUAUAUUUGGUUGAAUAUGCUUUUGUAGAGAUGAAUGGAAUUAAAAGUUUAGAGUCUUUUUUUCUGGCCAGAAACACGCUUUGUAGUAAAAUAAAUGGAAUUUCACCCUAGUUGAUGUCUGCAGUUACUACUCAGAUCCCUGUGAAAACCUCCAGGAUUAGGGACCCACAAUCCCAUGUUAAGUGCCUUCUCUGGAUGUGCAGGGCUCAAUCUAGAGCUGCUGAAGACUCUGGUCUUCCCUGCCUGAGAAUAAUUGUAAUAUGUGGACCAUUUAGAUGCAUAAUGAUAGUGGCUUCCUCAUAUAUAUAGUGCAGAAAUGCUCUGAUAUGGACUAUGAUGUUUGUCAUGUCUUAAGGAUAUGUGUUUCAUAUCUAGGAUAUUGUUUAAAUAUUAAAUAGGAUUAUGCAGUUUCUGUUGGCAUUUCUGUUACAGUUGAUGUGUGCAGCUGGGCUCUCUCUAGACAGUAUGUUGUAUUCAUCAAUGGUGUUACCAGAUCUCUGGGGGUUACCAGGCCUCUUAAUACUUGCAUACCACUAGGAAGGAAAUGAAAUAGCUUUGAUGUACAGUGUGAGUGAAAUGAACACAUCUCAUUUCACUGCACUUCCCUUCAUUUCAUUAAUAUAAGAACAUGUCUCGGGAAUUCAAAGGCCUGAAUUUCACAUUCUUUCAUUAUUGCACAAUACUGGGGAAUGAAUGAGACUUUUCUGAGUGUGAAAACCACAGGGUUAUAGAUCAGAAGAGUACAUGACUACUUAGGUGUGUAAGUCAGUGGUAAAGUGCCUGUGCAUAUGGAAGGCCAUGGGUUCAGUUCCCAGCACCACAAGGGGAAGGAGGAGGUACAGGAGGAGAAACAGGAAUGGGAAGGGAGGAAGAAGAGCAGCAGAAGCAUCCUAAUUGUGUCACAAGCUGAAAGGAAAGAGAUGGCAGGAGGUAGAAAGUGAGGGAGGGAGAGGAAAACAGGAGAGAGGAGAGAGAGAGAGAGAGAGAGAGAGAGAGAGAGAGAGAGAGAGAGAGAGAGAGAUCUCCCAGGGAAUAGGGACGAAUGAUUCUAAAAUUUCCCCAAUAAAGAUAAGGUUUUCCUUCUACUUCCUCAUUAGGAUUUCAUUGCUUAUCUCUUUAUCCUUUGCUGUUGCAUUUAAUAUGCUAUAUCCACAGAGAAUACAAAUAUUAUCUGGUAUCUUCCAUUUUUCCUUCAGCUCUGCAGUCCUACACAGUUCCUGUGCCUUUCCCUCCCCUGCCCAGCUAAGCUGCCAACAAGACACGUAGCAUUUUUUGCCUCCACUCUCACAGUUCCCAUUUAUUCGUUAAUAAUUUUUAAUUUUUCUUAAAGGAACUUACAUACAUAAUUAAAAUACCAACCAGUGGUAAAAAUCAAUGAAAAGAGAUUUGUUUUUUGCUUCUUUCUUUGACCCCCCCCAAACAUUUUUAACUUUUAGCUGGUUUUUUUCUGGCAUUUAUCUCCAUUUUUCUAAAUAAUGUACUGAUACUCUGUUAUGGUUCAGAUCUAAACUGUUCAUUCAAAUUAUGUGUCCAGAGGUGGGGCUUUGGAAGGUGACUGGACCAUGGGAGUGCUAUACUCACCAGGAAAUGAAUUCCUUGAGAAGUUCAUAACUAUUAGGGGGCAGGACCUAGUUGAAAGAAGUGGGUGACUGACGGUGUGUGCUUGGGAAGGUGUGUUCUCUCCAGCAACUCUCUCCACUCUCUCUACUUCCUGGCCCGUGCACUGAAUGGCUUUCCUCCACCAUGCCAUUUCUGCCUUGGAACCAUCUAACCAUCAACUGAAACUUUUGAACCCAUAAGUCAAAAUAAACCUCUCCUCCUUGAGUUUUCAGUGUUAUGUAUUUUGUCCCAACAACAAAAAUGUGGCUAAUACAUAAAACCAGUACCAGAGAACUGGGGUCAUUGGUGUGGCUAUGCCUUACCAUGAGGUUCAGAUGCCUUUGGAAUUGGCUUCCCAGGGGGUAGUUGGAACCACUGUGGGCUAGAGAAGCCCUAGAAUGCUUUAAGCAGAGCUCAAUAGAUGAUUUGGGGGGAAACUCAAAAGACCAGUUUGCGGGUAGUAAUGUCGGCAGUAAAGGCCGGGAUCAGGAGGUUCCAAUGGAAACAGUGACUCUCCUGGGAAGUGGGCUUAGAGGCCAUUUGUGUUACAUUCCGGCAAAGGGCUUCUCUACACUUUGCCUGUGUCCUAAGACUUUAUGUGAGACUAAAUGUAGCAAUAGCAAACUAAUAAUUCUGGGAGGAAAUUUCAAGACAUCCCAACAUUCAGGCUGUGGCAUGGGGACUGCUGGCUGCUUUUAGCCAGAUAUACAAUGACAACCAGGAGCAAAAAACAGAGGUGAAGGAUUUGAAAUAUUCUUCAGGAUUUUUCAGAAAGGAGGUACAUGUAAAGUUUUAGCCAAUGAGAGUGAACUUAAAAGAUUAGCCCCACUGAAAAGAUGCCAAGUUCUUUGAAUCAGGACAAGAAGAUGAUUUGAGAGUAUCCCAGAAAUUGUCCUGACCCCACUCCAUCACAGGUUUAAGAGUGUAAAAGGGUAAAAUACUUUGCUUUGACAAGAAAGCCCCUGGGUGCCCUGCUCAUUCAUGAUCAUAUAAGCCUAAAUAACUGUUCCCAAAAGUUCAUGCAUCCAGAAACGAAGUAACUACAGCAACUGUAGGCCAAGGGGGCCAGACUAGUGUUCGGGCAAUGUUGCUGGCUUUCCAAACAUGCACAAUGCAAGAGUUGUGAGGCCAUUGGAAGGCCUGGGAGUGUAUGUAUCCCUGGGAGGGUGAUAUGUGAAGCUGUGAAGCCGAAGCCUAAGGUGCAGUGGAGACUCCAGGAAGAUGAAGAUGCCAGGCACAUGGAAAGUCUGCUGAAGAAACCACUGACAGAAGUGGAGCCCCCUCAAGAGAAAACCGUGUGAGCAGUGACCAGCGAGACCAGAGAAGCAGGCCUGCCCAAGCCCGUUGGGGCACAUCCUGCUGCCAUGUGGUCCAGCUACUGCACAUGGAGUUACAGGACUUAAUAUUUUCUUAGCUGAGUUUCAGUCUUGCUUUGGUCUGAUUGCUUCUAUUCCCCUAUUCCUCCCUUUUGGAAUGGAACUUAUACCCUGUAGCAUUAUAGUUGGAACUAUUUAACUUCCCUUUUGAUUUUUACAGGGAGUCACAGCUGAGAAUUUUUGAGUCUUAGAGGAUACUUUGGACUUGAAGCUUUAAGCAGUGCAAGAAUUGUUAACAGUUGCUGACUCUUGAAGAUGGACUAAAUGCAUUUUACGUAAUGAGAUGGACAUGAAUCUUUUGGGGACAAAAGGCAGAAUGCUAUUAGUUCACAUCUAAAAUGUCCCUCAGAAGUCUCCUGCUCCGAGGUGGGGCUUUGGAGAGUGACUGGGUCAUGGGGCACUACACUGACAAGGGAACUGACCCAUUGGAGAGUUCAUAGCCAAAUGUUCUGUGUGGAAGUGGGGUCUCAUUGAAGCAGGGGAGUCAUUGGUGGCAUGACCUGGAAGGCUGAGGUCCUGUCCCUGCCUCUUCCCUUUCUGCUUCCUAGCUGCUGUAUGUUGUGCAGCCUUCCUCUACCAGGCCUUUUUCCUACGCUAUUUCUGCUUUGGAGCAUGUCAGCUAUACACUGAACCUUCUGAAAUAGUGAGCCAGGGCAACUCUUUCCACCUCACGUUGCAGGGGGUCGGAUAAUUUGUCCCAGCAAUGGAAAAGUGAGUGGCUAAUAAAUACACUGACUUUUUAUUUCUGUAUUUUAGGUAUUUUUGUCUUCCCAUUUUGUUCUUGAUACCUAAAGAUUCAGCUUUCUCACUUGUCCCUUGUCUUCUCUCUUACUCCUCUUCCCAACAUGGUUACAUUUGGAACUUUUUAGAUAUAUCAACAGUCAGUAUUUAAACAUUUAUAUAUCUACAUGUGCACAGUAUAAACUUAAAUAUUGUUACUUUUCUGAGCCACGUAGUACACCAUGAGUGAGCUUUCUUCUUCUUAUCACUUUUCUCCCUUCAAAAGAAUAAUUGCUUUAAUUUUUCAUGUUUGGUUUUCCACGUAUCUGCCUUCAUUUUUUCCAAAUGCUCUACUAGAUUGACUGAAAACCUAUUGGCAAUUUUUCCAAACACUUAAAUGCAUUAGUUUCACAUUUUCCCUUGGAAGCCAUUCUAGUCUAGCACUCUGCUUCCCUGCUCUAUCUGGACAGGUCAAACUCUAGGCCUGUUGUCGUUUUGUUUAAAUUGGAUUCUGUUUUCCUGAUUCCUUAUCUUCUGCUUCCUUCACCUGGUUUCUUGAUUCCUUAUCUUUGACUUCCUUCACCACUCCAUCCAUGUGUCCAACUUGGCACUCUGUGGAGACUGGUGAAAAGCCAUUCCCAGCACCGGUGCACUCCAUCACAGAUUCAAGUAAACUUAGCAAUUCCAGCUGAUCCUCCUUCAUAAUACGGUCCUUUCUUCUGCUUUUCUUUCUAGCAGUGGUGUCCUUCUCUGUUCAAACUCUUUUACCAACACUGCCUCCUCUAGGAAGACUUACUGUUAUUUCAGAAUCUAUCCAGGAAAUUCACAGACUGAUCAUUGCUGUGAAAAGCUUGGCACUGCUGGUAAAGGGGCAGGAAAUGUUCACAAUGAAGUCAUGGGAGGAAUAGCAAGUUCUGAGUGACAACAUGGGGAUAAACAAAUGGUGGGAUUCGGGGAAAUUCAGGUACUAUUAUUCUGGGUUGUGUGAGUUAUUUUGUGUUUCCUUGCAAAAGCAUAAUGAUGGAUAAUGGAUUCAAAAAGCCAGAAUCUCUGGACCAGGGAGUUCUUGCUUCUGAAUCCACCACACAUGUGAAGAACAAAGUAUUGAGUUUCCAUGAAGGAUAAACAUACACAUAGCCUCCCCCCGCCCCACAUACUUGUUAACUAUACCCCCAACAGAGCACAGGGGCACUUCCGGAAAGAGGAAAUGUCAGAGAUUGAUCACACUCUACAGUUUCAUGGAGGACCCUCCAAGGCAGGGCAGAAAAGCUCAUCUUUUAAAAAGACCAAACACCAACAUCAAUAAACAAGAUUUAUAUUUAGGGCAGAUAUUGAGGUGAACAUCCAGAUGGGUGGGUUGGUGAAUUGUAGAUCACUGAGAGGACUGUAAACCAGGAGAUUAGAAUAAGUCUCCUAUCACCAAAAGAUCAUUUAGCCUUUGGCAAAUCACCUUGCCUUACGGUCUAGCAUCUAGCUAUAAUCUUUUAUGAUUCUAGCAGUCCUUCCUAGUUGUUAUAUGAUAUGCUUCUCUAUUGUUUGAAAGCAAUUUACAAGGCCCUACCACAUCACCUUCCCCAGUUGUGAAUUUUCCUAUGAGCCGCUGCUUAUAUGGCAAAAGUACAUUUACUCUCUACUUGUGCUAUUGUUCUGUAUGUGUAAAGAACAGAAUGUCACAUUACAGAGCUUGAUGGAAUUGAACCAGGCCUUAGAGAUCGUGAAAAUAAUUAUCUCUAUUACUAAAGAAGAAAAACAAAAACAACAUCUCCCCCAAAAUAAAAAACAAGAAAAAUCCUGAGGCUUAGGGAUAUUUAGCCAUCCUGUUGAUGAAGUCAGGAUCAAAAAUCAGUUCUAAAUUUAAAGAUAGAUUUAAAACAUUUAGCAUCUGUGUCCAAGGAGAACUUGAUUAUCCUUGGUUUAAAUACUUUUAUACCAUUUAGUUUUUAGUUGAUAUUAUGUAUGAGAUAAUCAGUUUACAUUUGCUUGUAUCUGGGAAAUAGCAUUCUAUACUGGAGAUUUUGAUUAUCUUGCCUAAAAAAGAAAUCAUAACUUUAAUUAUUGGUAAGUCCUGCAAUCUGGGGAGGUAAUGAUGCUCUGGAUUGCUGUUGCAGUGGAAAACAUUUUGGGAGGAAGCAAACAGGCAAUUAGGUGGCUGAGUAACCCCAAGAGUGUUUAUAUCAUCUGGUUCAAAAGUUUCCCAGAGCAAAUGACAAAACUGGUUAUCGGAAGUAUUUUUAAUUAGCUGAGCUGAAUCCAAAAGGAGGAAUAGGACUCCAAGUCAACAGAGGAAGUUUGUUAAACUUCCUAUUUAAAACAGAUGUUUUAUCAGAACUCAGAUUAAUUUCUGGAUGUGAUAAUAACAAGAUUGCAACCUGGAGCAGUUAACAAAAUGAGACAUUUAAAGGAAGCACUGUGGUGAUCAUCUUGCUUUUAAAUGGUAUAUGGAAGAUGGGCUAGGUGUGCCUGGGGGCAAAUUGCCCUAAGGGCAGCGAGUUCAAAGCUGAAGUUUGGAACAGUACAUCCCUAAGCUGCCCUAGCAUCCUUAGGAGGUAGGAAGCCAUGGAACACAGGAAGCAAGCUAUAUCCAGACAAACGGAUAUAGCUUUCAAAGCAAGUGUUUCUGUUAAUGUUUUCAUAUGGAUGAAGACACCAUCUUCUGCUGAUGCACAUAUGUUGAGUUCCUGCUGUACAGUGUUUUGUCUUUGAUGUGUAAGUUCAGAGUCUAGUCAUUAAAGCUGUGUGAUCUAAUUUACUGAGAAGAUCUUUAGAAUUUAAGCUUAAGGAUUCCCUUGCUGAGAAUUUGGCACAGUAAAAACAUAGGCAAUGCUAAAGAGGUAAAUAUUGCUUUCCAGGUAGUACAGAUUUCCCACUGCAUAGCCAAAGAGCCCUCCUAAGGGCUGGGGAUUUAGCUCAGCGGCAUAAGUACCUGCUUGCAAGCAGGCAGUCCUGAGUUCGAUCCCCGGUACCGAUAAAAAUGAAAAAGACAAAACAAACAAACAAACAAACAACAACAACAACAACAAAACAAAGAGCCCUCCUGGAAAGAAACAGAAUUCCAGUUUGUUGUGAGGUCAUCCCACCCGUUCUAGUAUUCAAGGGAAAUUCCUCCCAAGUUUCUUCUCAAAUCCUGUCUCAUGCACACAGCUUUGGAACUCAAGUCACCUGGCUGGCCAGCAGUUUUGGGACACCACCCUUAGAGGAUCAAUAGUUAGUAAGGUCAGAAAUCAAACUGCAGUUAGGAACUGAUAAUAUGUUCAACUCUCUUUGCAUGGAACUUGUAGCUAAUAUAAUAAAAGAAUGAACUAAAAAACCAUCAUUUCAUAAGAAUGUCAUAAUUAUGAAUAUUGUAUUUAACUUACUUCCUGAAGUGUAAGGAAACAGCAGCAAGAUAAACUUGGGAGAGCAAUACACAAUACAGGAAGGUGCCUGUGAAUGCAUUUGGUAAUUGUUAAUGUCAAAAGCAUAUAAAAAUUCAAUCUCCCUCAUAUAUGUGCUGAUUAGGAGUUAGGAAUUUUUUGGUUCUGAUUUUUUUUUAAAAAGGAAAUUACAUUUAAAAAUGUAUGUCAAAGUGCCCAAAUUUAAGUGUUUCUUUUAAGAGGUUGCUGAUAAAGCCGACAAUUAACUGUCACCUUUGGUCUCAAUUUGCCUAUUAAAUACCCUGCAAAUUACUAAUGUGUGAGAAAAAUGCAUCUAGAAAAAGAAGAAGGUCAUUUUGAAAUCAUACCUGAUUAUACUGAGCUCACUUGUCCUUUGGUCUUGUUCUGGUAUAAGAGGAAGAUAGAUUUGGGGGAAGAAUACAAUUUGUUUAGUUUGUAACUUCAAUAAAAUGUACUAAAUGUACUUUUUUUGUCCUAAAUUGUAAGGGUGGGGGCUUGGAAAUUCUGCCCCUCCUGUCUUACAAGAAUAUAAUGACAUUAAUCUCUAAAGCAUUUAUUUAUUUUAUUUCUUGGCAAGUGUGACAUAUAUGUAUCAAAAUGUUUUUCUGUGUAAUAAUUUAUUUCAAAUUUCAAUGGUGUGAAGCAUGUACUUCUCACAAUUUUGUGUAAAGACUGAGUGAUUCUUAUCUGAGUAAGUCUGGCUGAGCUUUUGGGAAAACAGGUGAUCAGCAACUAUAGAAUUAACAUGUUUUAUACAUUUCAAUUAAUAGAACUGUCAUAUAGAUUUUGCCUCACUUUCUCUAGAAUAUAUUUUAUUGUACAUAAAACAAGAUAUUUUGGACUUAAAUUGUAUUCUUUUAAAUAACAUUUAUGUACAUAAAUAUUAAAUACUAUAUUUUAUUAUUAAAGUAGAAUUUACGCACAAUGA